AUGCCGACUACGAUGCCGGCGAAACGUCUGGGAAUGUACCACGUCCACGGUCAUACUCUUGAAAUGAUGAUGCAUACAAUGGACAUAGGACUAGGCCUUGCCUCCUCAUCUCGAGAUGUCUGUCUCGGCCAACAAACCAGCAAACUUGCAAUCGCGGCUGCGGCUCGUCAACGUGGUCAGUCGCCCGGAUGGAUCCGUCUGGUUGUCCAUUGGACACCCGGGUUAAUUUGUCAAGAUCAAAAUGAACCAUCCACCUUGGACCCUGGCCUUAUCGAACAUUUGUCUUCUUUGGGUGUCGUCUUGGUGACAAACUUUAGGCCAUUUUCUCUUGAGCUUCCUAACCUCUCGCUUGCUACACGAAAAGCAGCUCAGAUAGACUUAAGGCCUUACCUCAUUCCACACCAGAUUCGAUGUCGACUCUUUCAACGUGCUCUUUUGUCUAGUGUUGGCCAGAGUGAACCUCUCAAGACUCGGCAGUCCGUUUGCGAGGAGUUACGAGCACUACUAGCACAAAGGCUUGAAGAUUACAGCAUGGAAGAAAGGGAGCCAGGGACCAGAGAAAACGCUAAUUAUUUAGACCAAGUUGAGAGAGAAUGUAGCUCGGUUCUAAAUAUCAUUCUGGAUCAAGCCAUCACUUGGCCGCUGUCUUCAGAGUCUGGCAUAGGAUCCUCUCCUACGAAUGACGAGUAA